UCUACAUUUUCGCUCGAAGCGAGGGAAGUGCAAGGAAUUUCCCAAUUCUAAUAUGGCAUAGCAGUGGUGCAGAAUACUUGAACUCGGAGGAUUGCAAACAUGGAUUCUCGCAGAGUGGAUUUUUUCGGAACCUAACGAGUUGGAUUCCUGGAUACAUCCGGUAACUCAAGGAACGACAUGACUUCUCACAGGUCAUCUACGGAUUCGCAUCAUUAUCAGUACGUGGGUCCAUACAGACUCGAGAAAACCCUAGGCAAGGGACAAACUGGGCUGGUGAAACUAGGAGUGCACUGCAUCACUGGAAGAAAAGUAGCUAUUAAAAUCAUUAACAGAGAAAAACUAAGUGAAUCAGUUUUACAAAAGGUUGAACGAGAAAUUGCCAUAAUGAAACUCAUCGAACAUCCCCAUGUGUUGGGGCUGUACGAUGUUUACGAAAACAAAAAAUAUUUGUACCUGAUUCUAGAGCAUGUUUCAGGAGGAGAACUAUUUGAUUAUUUAGUGAAGAAAGGUCGCUUGACACCAAAAGAAGCUCGCAGGUUUUUUCGCCAAAUCAUAUCAGCUUUAGAUUUUUGCCACAGCCAUUCCAUCUGCCAUCGGGAUUUAAAGCCUGAAAACCUUCUUCUGGACGAAAAGAACAAUAUUCGGAUAGCAGAUUUCGGAAUGGCGUCUCUCCAGAUGGACGGAUCCAUGUUGGAAACGUCCUGCGGCUCACCGCAUUACGCAUGUCCGGAAGUCAUUAGAGGCGAGAAAUAUGACGGACGGCGAGCAGAUGUGUGGAGCUGCGGAGUAAUUCUAUAUGCCCUACUAGUUGGUGCUCUUCCUUUCGAUGACGACAACUUGAGGCAGUUGUUAGAGAAAGUGAAGCGAGGAGUGUUUCACAUUCCCCAUUUUGUUCCUCCCGAGUGCCAGGAUCUCCUAAGAGGAAUGAUCGAAGUCUGUCCAGAAAAAAGGAUGACGCUCGCAGAAGUGACAAGACAUCCUUGGGUAAUAGCAGGAAGUAAAUCAGAAUUAGAAUUAGAACUUCCAAUGAAAGAAGCUGUUCAGACCCAUAUCAUACCAACUGUUGAAGAUUUGGACCCAGAUGUCCUAGCAAGUAUGACGUCCUUAGGUUGCUUUAAAGAUAAAGAAAAGCUAAUUCAAGAAUUAUUAAAUACAACGCAUAAUACGGAAAAAGUAGUUUAUUUUCUGUUACUAGAUCGUAAAAGACGGAAACCUGCAUACGAAGAUGAAACAGAAGUGAUAAUUAGGAAUAGAUCUGAAAGCGCUUUCUCGUCUUCUCUUCCUUGCUCAGUUCCCCCUGACCCUCCCAGGAAAAGAGUGGAUACUUGUCACAUAAAUGGGAGAUCGGGGCCUAGGUAUAGCUUUGACAUGCUGAGCGACGGUUCUCCACUAACGCCGAGGAGGUAUCCUUAUGGCCGAAGCCGUCGGAGCAGCAUGUCUAGCAGCCUUCACGUUACAAGCCCUGCGGUAUCCCCUCUCAGUUCUCCCAAACCUACCCCUCGGGGCACUCCUGAGGAGAGCCCCCUGAAUACCCCACCUGGGUCUCCUGGGAUGAACCAACCUUACUGGAAAUCUAGGCUCAAUACAAUUAAAAGCAGCUUCCUAGGAAGUCCGAGAUUCCAUAGGAGAAAAAUGCAGACGCCUUCAGCCUCGGACGAAGUGAGUCUAACGCCAGAUUCUUCGCCUGAGUUAACGAAACGUUCGUGGUUCGGGAGCCUCAUGACCAACGAAAGGGAUGAAACACACGUGAUAUUAGUCAAAGAUCGACCUCUGAGUUCGGUGAAAGCUGAUCUCAUCCAUGCCUUCUUAUCAAUAGCGGACCUGUGCCACAGCGUCAUUUCUCCAAUGUCUUUCCGAGUGGAAUACAAGCGGGCCGGGGGUCCUACCAUGUUCCAGAGGAACGUCCGUUUCCAUGUGGACAUAGCGCUGGUCAGUGCGGGAACGCACGACGGACCCCUCAGUGCUGUGGAUCGAAGGAGCAGCACUGACAAGCCCGCCGUCUACUGUAUAUCUUUCACACUCAUAUCCGGGCCCAUUCGCCGAUUUAAGCGUAUCUGUGAGCACAUCCAAGCCCAGAUCCUGGGUCGCCGUCCGAACCACUCGCCCAGGAUCAGCCGCCGCCCGACGGCCGAGCUCAGCGAGAGUUCCUCCUGUGGUUCGGAGAGCAUGUCCCCAACGCCCUCUCGCCAUCAGAUGACCAGCGACGACAUGGCCGUAUCCAUGAACGUGGGAAGCACGGCCGCGGCCAUAGCCAUGUCGCGCUGCAAAUCGGACCAGGAUGCGACGGCAGACAUCUUUGAGAGGGAGGCCAAGAUGGUCACUACUUCGCACAGGAGAGCUGCGGCAGCGGCGGCUGCAGAGGACUCCAGGCCCCUACUCAAUGGCCGACGCAUGAGCUACGACCUCAAGAACCCUUCCAAGGAUAAGCUCUGAUGGUGACCUACGAACACAACAACGACAAAGUUUGAGAAUACAACAGUUUCCUUUGUUUCCUCUUGACGUUGUUCCAUGAAGGUUCACGACAUAGACAGAAAAGAAACAACUAAAAUUUGAAGAUGCGCUCGUUUCGUGGCAUGGGGUGAUGCUUGAGCAGCUUCGGUGGUGUGCGAUUGCGGGUGGAGUGUGCGAAAUUUCAGGCUUCGCGUCUAUGCGAGUUGUAUACGUAAGAGAGAGGAUGUGUACGAACAUGAAAAAAAAAAAUCCAUAAAAUUAAGUUUAAAAAUUCUUCAGAUUAACGCAUCGGCCUUUCAGAUUGAUUCAAGAGAGAUGGCAGUUUUGCUCAAUCUCUUAUCAACGGUUUUAAAUGUUUUAUUCGUUUAUGUUUUAUGUUUUUUUCGUUUUCAAAAGUAUUGAAUCAUACGAACUUUUCUUUCCAAUCAAAAGGAAAUCCAAAACGCAUCUAUAUUUAAACCGAAUAGAGACGGUUUAGCUCUGAGCUAAAUAUGGUCAUCUUUUGCGCUUCCAAUAUAUAACAAUCAAAUAAUAGUAUAUAGAUGCUCAAUGGGCUAAUCUGACGAACUUAUUUGCCUAGUUUAAUAAAAAAAAAUUCGAUCUGCAAUUUCAGAAAUUUAAAAAAAAAGUCGUUGAUCUAAAAACCAAGAUACUUGUUUGCGAAAUUAUCAAUACUCGUCUAUGCGAUAAUCUGGAGAUCAUUAAAGAGAAAUUAUCACUAUAAUGCGUACAUAUCGUAUUCUUACGUAUACGAGAACUUAUAUAUUGACUUAAACUACUGAAAAUCACUUAUACUUUAAGUCAAGCCUUUAUUCUGAUGCCAUUCAUCAGGUUACUGAAAGAUAUCUAUUUUUAUCAUACUUCUUCUAAUUCAAACUGUUCAAUUUAUAAAACAAAUUGAUGGCGGAAAAUUCCAAAUGCCGUGUUCCAUCUCUUUCCUUGAGCAAAUUCUAUUAAAAGGGCUUUAGCAGGCAUGGAAGAAUGGCUAAAAUAAAGCCAUAGAAGGUGUUCAAUGAAUAUUUUCCACUUUAAAAAGAAAAAGACUGAUUUAUAAUUGACAAAAUAUUUCGCCUGAACAUUUCCGGUUAUUGUUCGCUGUUCCAAGUUGUUUUUGAAUCCUUAACCGCAGUUCUUUGUUACCACGAGUGUUCGUUACGUUCCAAAUGUGUGAUAAACCAUUAGUAUUGCUAGUAUAGAUUAUUACGUGUCGUUAAGUUAUUCCCAAAGUUUUUUAAUGUUAAGCAGUUAGAUUAUAGAAUGUUGCUUUAAUUAAUAUGUUGUGCUUUGUGAACCUUGAGCCAAAAUCUCCUUCGUGUUCAAAAAUAUAUGUUGCCUUAAUGCAAAAAUUCUACACCUAGAUGAACACUUCCAUUGUUCGAUAUCACAAACUAUUAAUCCAUUAAUCUGAGUGUCUCGACUGCCAGAAAUAUUAUCUGAGAGAAAGGCAUAUUUAAAAUUUAAAAAGGGAAGGAAACUCUUCCUUUGUUGUCAGAAAUUGUUUCAACAUCAUCUAUUAAAUUUGAGCAAUUUAACUGUGAUUUCUUGCUAUUUAUAACUUAUGAAAACUAGUAUAAAUUGCAAGAUGUUUUUCCUUUUUAUACUUUUAUUUUGUAUUCGUGUGCCCUCUAUACGCUUAACGCUGAAGUUAAGUAAACAAAUAUGUUCCAUGGAACAUCUUCCAUAUAUCCUGAAUAGAUGAAUAGUUCUAUUCAUCUGUUAACAAAUUCGAGUCUGUCAGAUCAAUGGAGAUAUAGUUUAAUCACGAAUUGAAAAAUUAUAAAAGCAGUUUUGAACUGUAGAAUAAUUUUAAACGCUUGUUACAACGAAGUUUUUACGAAAUCAGAAAACUUCCGCUUAAAAAUCAUUUAUCAAGAUUUAAGACACCAGUUCACUUCAUUUUACACUCAUUAAACGAUUUCUGGUGUAUCUUUUUUUGGCUUGUGAUAAUCUUUCAAAAGUUAUCGUUAAUGAAACUGAGCACUUUCAUUCUUUAAGUAAAUCCAGAUAACGCAUUUCAAUUAUCUGUAAUAAACGAAAAGUAUUUAAAGUGUAAUUUAAAAUUAUGAAACUAAAAGAUAACUUUAAACUAAAAUCAAACUCGCCUUAGAUAAUGUAAAGUCGAUGAAUGAAUGUCCCUGAUAAAGAGAAACAAUUUUUUCAAACUAGUAACUUCUAAAUGGCUUUGUCUUGGCCCAUCAUGUACGUGAGGAAAUAAAUCGAAUAACGUGGGUCGAAUUUGUCCUAAAUGCAUAGGAGUAAGAGUAAUAGCAUUCUUACCAACCUAUACUACAGAUAGCUUACCUUAAAGAAGGGUUCCUGGAUUCGGGUUUAAUGUGGCGUGCCUACCCUUAACAACAAAACACUUUCUUUCUUUUUUUUACAUUUUAAAACAAACAUUUAGUGGCCCUAACAAUCUUCAAAGAUGACGCUGCACUCUUCUUUAUUUCGAGACAUUAUGAUGGCUAUAUUAUUAUUAUUAUUAUAAAAGAGUAGACUUAGCAUUUCACAUGAGCCUUUAACUAACAGAGAGGGUUUGUUGCUUCGGCCGUUUUCAAGCAACAAUUCCGGAAACAAUGUAAUAAAAUCAUUUGUACAUACGCUCAUACGGACAUUCGCCUGCAUGAGGUUUUUCAUCUCGCAUGGUGUAUUAAAUAAAUUAGUAGUGAUACUACUCCAUCAAAACUUAUAUGCUACCUACUUUGGAUAAGAACUCGCGACUGUUCACCAGAAUUCAUGGUUCAGUGCGACUGAACCGUAAUAAAAGAACCGAAAAGCGUUUCAGGAAAAGUAAAAUAUUUAUUAUAUCCAAUAGGGCAAUCGUGUGUAAAAUAUUAGUUGAAUUGUUGUGUAGACACUUCUGGUUAGGAAUAAAUAAUAAAGUUUCGAAUUUUUAUGAUAUACUCUAAAAAACAACAGAAUGAUCUCACACAUUUUAUCACGGGGGUAUAGUAGGUUUAGAAUUAACUUUGAAAAAAAAAAAAAACUAAAAAGGAACGCAGUUAGCAGAGAUUAGCAGAAACGUUUAGGAACUCAUUUUCUAGUACUGUUUUCUUUUCGAAAUUAAAUUCAAAUAUGGAUUGUCAGAUGGAAGUUCAGAAAAAAUAGUUCUUGACUCUGCCAAAUUUAUAAUAUAGAGAAGUUCUUUUUUUAUUUUUUUAAUAGACUCUCGUACACAAUUUGUUUUUCCUUAAAUUCAUUCUGUAGAAUAAACAUUUAUUCUAAAAGCAUAUUAUGAUUCUAUUAAGAAAUACAUUUCGGAAUUUUUUGUACAAAAUGAGCACAAUAUAUUUCAAAAUAAAUGAAGUGGAUUUGAAAAAAGUUCUUUUUAAUUGGAUUGAAUAAUAUACGUAGAAUCUGUUAUGAGAUGGUGCAAUUGCUAAAAAAAAUGAAAGAUGGUAAAAUUAUCGUCUGACAAUGAAUGUGUCUUCACAAGAACCAGUAUCGAGUUGUAUUUGAAUAUGUUAGAAUUGUUUCUGGUUAGUACAAUUAUUUUGAAAUAGCUUAUUUCAUUUAUUGUUUCUUUUUUUUUCAAAAAUGCAUAUAUAAUUUGUCUACUUUACAGAGUUAAGGCAUGAAAAUUAUAGACUGCUUAGAAAACUGUUUGGAAUAGAUGAGAGAAAGCUAUGAUUUUAUUAAGAAAUAAGCUUCGGAGUUUUUUUCUAUAAAAUAAGAACAAAAUAAAUGAAGUGGAUUUGAAAAAAGUUUUUUUAUUAGAUUGAAUCACAUGGGUAAAGUCAUCUUAUGUGAUGGUACAGUUGCUAAAAAAUGAAAGACGAUAAAAUUAUUGUGUGACUAUGAAUGUGUCUUAAUAAGAAUCAAUUUUAAACUGUAUUUGAAUGUGUUAUAAUUGUUUCCGGUUAGUACAAAAUGUUCUGAAAUAGCUUUUUUCAUUUGUUUUUUGCCACGAAUUUUAUAUAUAAUUUGUCUAAUUUACUGGUUAAGGCAGGAAAAUAAUAGCUUGGUUAAAAACUGUUUGAAAUAGAUGACCGAAAGUUAAUCUUAUAUUUAAAAUAAUUCUUCAACAAGUAUUCUUUUGUUUUUUUUAUAAGAAUAGUUCGCAUAGCAGCUAAGAUUAUUUUUUUAAAAACCAACAAAUCUAACUUUGAAGACAUAUUAAAAUUCUAUAUACAGCACAAAGAAUUUAUAUUUU